AUGUCUCUCAAGUUCAAGCACACCUUGAAACUUAUUAUUUUCCAUAGCUCACUGAAAUUAAUUUUGUGCACUUUACCAGGAAAAACCCCGGGUGUGAAAACUCCGGGAGAUGUAUACUACUUCUCAGAUUUUUGCAUAAAUUUGAGAUUAAAAGCAGUCACAAGACCUUUGACUUAUGAAGACAGUGACGAAUUGAAAUUUGCGCCACUUUCGUCUUCCUUGAGUAGAAACCUUCUCAGUAAAGCUAAGAAACGCCCUCCUGCCUGGGGAGCCGAGCACUUAAAUAGAUAUGAUAUCGCAGAGAUUGAAAAGGCGGUAAGUUUUUAUUCCUCGAAAAGAAACUACUGUCCGUUCUUCACUAAGAAUUGUAUAAUACCAAACGUUUUGUACACUAGGCGCUUUCCUAGAACUGGUGGUAUUGCACAUAUCAAUUUCACUUCUGCACACUGGAAUACUCUUCUGAAUAUUCCAAAAAAUUCUUGGGGAAACUGCGCUUUGAUUGGAUUAGCGGACACUUUGCUGAAAAGUGAAAGAGGUAGCGAGAUAGAUAGUCAUGAUACGAUCAUACGCUUGGGUGAACUUCCGUUGCAUGGUUAUGAAAAAUAUGUUGGAACACGAACGGAUGUCACAUGGGUGCGUCGCUCGGGGAAAAUGUCCCCAAAAGGUAGCAUAAAAGCAGAUAGGGAAAGUGUGAGGCUCUACAUUGGGCACAAUAAUGGAAUUGUGAAUAUGUCCACAUUGAAAAUAUUUGACUAUGUACGUGAACAGGAAGGGAUUUCACACUAUUAUGGUGGAAUCGCUGCAUUAAUAUAUAAAUUAUUUGAAGUAAAGAACUGGAAUAAAAAUUCGAGGGGAAAGAAAAAGCCAAGAGGGCCUUCUUCGGGUUUUUUAGAUGCUUUAAAUCUUAUAUUCUCUGGUUUAUGCAAUCGAACUGAUUUGUAUGGGUUCUCAUUUAACUGUGGAGGUGCCUAUCAUAACAAGAAGCAUGUUAUGCAAAUCUCACAUAAUUGUGAGCUAGAAUCUUGGUUUUUCCAUUAUUUAAUGAAAGAACAUCCAGAACUUGGAGCUUGCGUGUAUCUUUAG